AUGUCCUCCAAGAACGAAUGGGAGAAGGAAAUACUAGAACAAGAGUUGCUCGAUGGACAAGGUUUCUUUAAUUUUCUAAAAAAGCGUCAAUUAUUAGAAAAGACAAGUAAGCAUGCAAAAGCAGCAGGUGAAACGCAAUCGACACGAUCAACAAAUAAGCAUAAGAAUAAUUCAACGGCGGUCUCACACACUAGCGUAAACAAAGAAAAUUGUAUGCUGUGUGGGGAAGAUCAUGCAGUAUACGCGUGUAAAUUAUUUCUGGAGAUGUCAGUAAGCACUCGAAUAGAACAAACAAAGGAAAGAAAGGCAUGUUUGAAUUGCCUAAGGCUCGGUCAUAUAGCAAUAAAUUGCAAGUCGCAGAAAUGCCGUAAAUGCGGAAAAUCUCACAACACUCUUUUACAUUUGGGAGAGACUGCGAACGGCGAAAGAGUACACGAGGAUGAAAAGGAAGCUCCCAAAGGACAAGAUGCCAAUGAUAAAGUAAAAGAACUCGUAUCAACGGACGUCACGACCAAAAAACUGAUUCAUCGUGUAUUACCUACCGCAAUCGUGGAGAUUGUCGGCAAAAAUGGACAGACGCACAAAUGCAAUAUACUUUUAGACUCAGGCUCACAGUUCAAUUUUACUGCUCGUUUGUGCAGCAAGUUAGGACUCCGCAUUAUGAAAGCGGAUAUCUCCUUAGCCGGCGUAAAUCAAGUCGAGACCAAAGUUUUGGAAACAACAAAAGCGAUAAUCAGAUCCAUGCAUAGCGACUUCAAAGAAAAACUCAUGUUCAUGGUGAUUCCUAAAAUCACCGCGUGUUUGUUUAGCAAACCGUUAAAAUUCCAAAAAAACGGACACCACCAAUGGACGGAUAUCCCACUUGCGCACCCGAAUUUCUACAAACCAAAGAAAAUCGAUUUGCUGAUUUGA